UGUUGGUUUGUUUCAUCUUGGGAGUGCAAUUUGGCGCCUCUUUUCGUAUAACAGUUUUCUUCAUCCAUUUAAAAGUGAAAAUUCUCUCAAUUUCUCAAAAUUGUCUCAACUCUCAGAGUUAUCUCAGGAUGUGGGAAAGGAAACAAACACAUACAUUCACCAUACCAGGCAAAUAUGCUCCAAAUUUUAGAAAUCUGCCAAGAGAUCAACUAGGCGGUGUUAUAUUUGGCUGCACAAAUGAUACAAUUAGAGAGUGUCUCGAGCAGCAACUAGUAGGUUUGCCUGGCCAACACAUUGUGUAUGUGAAAAAUGUAAAUCCUGGUUUGCCAGUGUUCUUGUUCAACUACACCGAUAAGAAGCUCCACGGAAUCUUUGAGGCUGCAAGCUCUGGUCAAAUGCAAAUCAAUCCAUAUGCUUGGUCACCAGAUGGUUCUGAAAAAACAAAAUAUCCUGCACAGGUUAUGAUACGUGUCCGUCUGCAUUGUGAACCACUGCCAAAAGAUAAAUUUAGACCAAUAAUUGCGAAUAACUAUUAUAAGAAGAAUCUUUUCUGGUUUGAGCUAGAUCAUGCUCAAUCUAAUAAAUUGAUCUCCCGACUCUCAUCUCAUGCAUAUGCUCCGAGUAGCACACCACAUUAUCCUGCACCCCGGAGAAGUAUAAUCCAAGGUUCACCUGCAAAUAACAAGAUAGCAGAAAAUAGAUCUUUUGUACCACAAGACUUGGAAAAUAAGUCAUCCAGUUCCAUUGAUUCACAAGCUGCAUUGGAUGAGAAGAAUUUUAUAUACAUGAAACUUAAGGAAAUAGCUCUUGAUCGUGAAUGGCCAACGCUCUCCAGAAAUGGGCAUCCAGAGGAAAGCACCAAUGCAGGGAUAAGUUAUAAUGAUGUAAGCAUUGGUCAAGCAGGUUUUAUGGAACCACAGCCUCCUGGAGAAGAGAAGACUGAAGAUGGCGAUUGUGACUUGGCUGAUUAUCCUCCUUUUAUAGCUCAGCUGCUUACAGAAGUGAAAGAACUGAAAGCUUUUAAGGAACAGCACAUCCAAGAAAUGAGUGGUGUGGAGAAGAAGCUGGCUAAUGCACAAGAAGAAAUCAAAUUGUUAAAAGGUAGAUGUUUGAUGUUGGAUUCCCCAAAUCCUUCUCGUACACUUGAUAGUGAAAAUGUGGUUGAGUCAGAUGAUAUAGUGUAUGAUGAGUCAAUCAUCCUAGCUGGAGGAUAUGAUGGUAAUAAGUGGCUACCGGCCUUGGACUUGUACUCACCAUUGAAUGAUGCUUUAAAGUCACUUAAGCCAAUGAGUUCAUUUCGAUCUUAUUUCGCAAUUGCAAAUCUGAGUAGAGAACUUUAUAUAUUUGGUGGCAAAUUUGGAAGAGUACAGUACAACACAGUUGAAUCAUAUAACCCAGCUGAUGAUAAGUGGACUAUGCAUCCUGGUUUGAAUAAGAGAAAUAGUAACUUAUCUGGAGCUACGUUGAAGGACAAGAUCUUUGCAAUGGGCGGUGGAAAUGGGAUUGAAUGCUUUUCAGAAGUUGAAAUGUAUGAUCCUCAAGUAGGUCGAUGGAUUCCUUCACGAUCCAUGUGGCAGAAGCGAUUUUCUCUUGCAGCAGCAGAACUCAAUGGUGCAUUAUAUGCUGUUGGUGGAUUUGAUGGAGGCAAUUAUUUGGCGACUGCUGAAAGAUUUGACCCCAGAGAACAUGCUUGGACAAAAAUUGAGAGUAUGAGCACAAAAAGAGCAUCUCAUGCGUUGGUUCCUUUAGGGGGAAAGCUAUAUGCACUUGGUGGCUUUGAUGGGUCUCAAAUGAUGCCAAGCAUUGAGAUAUAUGAUCCCCGCCGUGGAACAUGGAUAAUUGGUGAACCAAUGAACUACUCAAGGGGUUUUUCAACUGCUGCUGUUCUAAAGGAGUCCAUUUAUGUAAUUGGAGGGGCUCAAUCUGAUAAUGAAACAGUUGACACGAUUGAACGAUACAACGAAGGUCAAGGUUGGGAAACAACCAGCUUGAGGGCUCUCGGAAAAAGGUGUUUUUCCUCUGCUAUAGUUUUGGAGGAAGUUUGAACACUGCAUUCUUAAGUACUCAAGCUCUCUCUUCUUGUGGGCACCCUUUGUUCAACAAGGUCAAUAUCUGAUAUUUUGCUAUAAUGAAUAGACGUAAUGCUUGAAAGCAUCUUUAAACAUUCCUGGACUUUUUCAUCCGUAUAAGAAAACAGAAAUGGUCAA